CAUUGGCCAACCUCCACUCGAGCAGAGGAAGAUCACUUUGACAGCUUUAACGGCAGCAAGCUUCGACCCACACAUUAAUAGUUUGCCACCAGUGUGUGUCUGUGUGUUAAUACAGUGCAGAUUUCCUGCCUUCCUGGUUGUGUGCUGUGUGUUAUGACCCAAAGGACAGAUGAUGUGAGUGCUGCUGCUAGUUUCUGGCUGUUGUGAGCUCAGUGAAGAAAUGGAAGGAGACCAAGUGGAAAACAAAGUUUCCUCUCUAGCCCCAGACGUGACAAAGGAGCAUAAUAAACCUGCGACAAAGCGCUACAGUGAAAUCCUCAGAGAUUUUGACAAUCUUGAUUUAUCGUUAAUCUCUCCUUCAGGGGAGGAUCUGCUGGCUGAUAAUGAGUCUGAAUCCAUCUCUGUGGACAGCGGAGACACAGAGCACCAGAAUGCGUCUCAGAGCGAAGAUGCGUUGUGUCCUCCAGUGCAGGCCGAAGGCGGUGAGGCUGACGGAUUCCAACCAGCCCAGGAAGCGGACCUGGCCCUCUGUCGCUGCGAGGGUGGAGUGGAGACGGCGCUGCAGUAUGCCAAGAUGUGGUGUCGCUAUGCCAAAGACCUCCUCGCCUGGAUGGAGAAGAGAAUUAGCCUGGAACAAGAAUUUGCUAAAAACGUCAUGAAGACCGCUGAGGGGGCCAAGCCCAAUGUGGCACAGCAGGAGAUGAUGCCUCUACAUUACAUCUACACCAUGGCUUUAGAGCAAGACAUCAAAAACAGCGUGACCUCUCGCAAAACUUCCGAACUGCUGCAAAACCGCUGUUACCAGGCUUUGUCUGCCAAACGGAAUGAGAUUGACAAGUGGCGCAGAGAGUUCAAGGAGCAGUGGGCAAGAGAACAGAGAAGGAUGAAUGAAGCAGUGAUAGCUCUUAAAAAAGCAAAGCAACAAUACUUCCAGCGCUGCGAUGAGCUGGAAAAGGCUAAAGCCAUCUCUGCUAAAGCUGUGGACGAAACGACUGGAAUGAAAACGCUCGAUAAGAGGAGGAAGUCCAGAGAUGAAGCCCAGACAAAAGUCAUGGAGGCAGAGCUGAUGUACAAGCAGUGCGUCAGCGAUGCAAAGAUCCACCAGGACGAGCUGGUGAAGGCCAAAGAAAGAAUCAUUUCUCACAUCCGUAAACUCAUCUGUCAGGGAGACACUGUGAUGAAGGAGGCGACGGUCAACAUGUUUUAUUACCAGCGGCAGCAGACGGAGCCAAUUCCCCUCGGCUAUCACAACCUGGAGUUGACAUGCAGAUCGCUUGAGCCUGGCGAGCCCUAUCUGCUCUAUAUCCUCAGCAGGCGUCGCCCAGAGCAGCCUCUCCAAACCUUCUCCUUCCAGGAGUAUGUUCCUCAGGGCAAAGGCAAACGAAAAACCAGUGGAGUUCUCAGCUCUGUACAGGACUCUUCAGAUGAAAGUCAGCUGAGACGGUCCGCCGAUGGCAGAAAAAUAGGGCAAAGUGACUGUGAGAGCGUUGGAGGCAGUCUGGAGUCUCUGUCGAGCCCUGCUCACCCGAGUCGUCGGCUACCCAAAACCGCAUCGGCACUGACGGUGUCAUCGGAUGACUUGGACGAUCGAGACGUGGCGUCAGAAUCAGAGUGCAUAGAUGGCCAGCCAGUCAAAGUGCGCUCGUACUCUCGAGCUGCGCUCACACAUCGCCUCAAGAAAAUGAAGAACAAGAUGGGCAAAUGCAAGCAGUGUGAAAACUACAUCGUCGUCGGUGGGGUUGAGUGUGAGGAGUGCGGUUUGGCUUUGCACCGAAAGUGUCUGGAAGUGUGUCAGCUGGAGUGUGAGCACAGGAAGGGGGCAGUGUUUGGAGUGGACCUAUCUCUGCUGACACACUUUGGGCAAAAUGAGGUUCCUUUUGUGGUGCUGCGGUGCAUAUCUGAGAUUGAGAGUCGCGCUCUUUCAGUGCAGGGGGUGUAUCGUGUGAGUGGGUCCAAGCCUCGAAUCCAGAAGCUCUGUCAGGCUUUUGAGACCCAAAAGGAGCAGGUGGACCUCUCUGACCAUUCGCCACAUGAUAUCACCUCUAUACUUAAGCACUUCUUCAAGGAGCUACCAGAGCCCUUAUUAACCUUCGAGCUGUACAAUGAUUUCAUCGCGGUGGGAAAGGUCAUUCAGCUCCUGAGUGAGCGGGACUCAUCAGCAAACACUACUGAGACAGUGGACAUCAUUUGCGGCCUCCAAAAGCUACUAGAGAAGCUUCCUUCUUAUUGCUACAGCACAUUGCAGCUUCUGAUAUGUCACCUACAAAAGGUCGCUGAGAACAGCGAGAACAAGAUGUCCCCUUGCAAUUUAGGUAUAGUGUUCGGGCCAACACUACUCCGCCCCGUCGUGUCUACGGAUAUGUCGAUGGUCGCCUUGAUGGAGACAGGCUAUCAGGCUGCCCUGGUUGAGUUUUUAAUCACACACCAUGACAAGGUUUUUGGCCUGCAGCAGGCACCCAGUACCACCCCUCCCCCAGUACCCACAGCAUCGCUUCCAGACACCCCACCCAGAGCUUCCUGCCCCCUGGGCGAGGUAGCGUUUGCUGACUCAGAACAUGAAACCUCCACCAGAGAACGGCCGCGCUCACUCGAAAAUCGGUCAAUCAAGAGAGACUCAAGCGAAGGUUAUAUUUCUGACAAGUCUUCGUCCAAUGAGGCAGUGGACCAGCUCAGCCCUGAGGCCAGUGAAAGAGCAGUCCUGGCUAUGAUCGGGGCAUCGAGCGAUCCUCAGGGUGUGUCAGCCGGGGAGCCUACGUCUGAUUUUGGAGCCCAGCCACACUAUCGCUUCACCAGACAGCCUGUGAAGUAUCACCGCCAUCAUAACACAGGAUCCCGCUUGUCUAACCCCGGCCGAACAGCCAGACAGGCUGCGGCCCCAGAAAGGGCCCAACCCGGAAGUGCAGACAGCAGCUGCAGCUCCUCGCCAGAACUGAGGACAAAACGACUCUCCCAUAAUUUAGAUGCCCACUUUGACUUCGCUCACCAGCCUCACGGAGUCACUGAUACUGCAGAAGGUAAAGCAGACAUCCCGCUAAGUCCUCGCGAGGUGGUGCAGUACAUGCUGGGCCUGGAAUCAACAUUUCCAUCACCUUUAGUCACAAUGACGUCCGGUACGACAGAGGAGCCCGCUCAGGAGGCAGCAGCAGGAUGUUUAGCUGAGCAGAGAACGAGUCUGAGCACCAAGAGAGAAAGUGCUGGUCAGAGUCACUCCCUGUGUCAGUCACCGAAGACAGUUCCUGUCUCACACAGCCGAAGCUCGCCGGCACAAAAGAUCCUGUCUGGUCUGAAGCUGAGACGCAGCCACUCAGGAAAAGAUGAGCAACUCUUUGUCUGAAGAAAUCUCAAAUCUGUGCACAGUGCACUGGAAUGCACUGCAGGACUGUAAUAAUUUCAGUGUUAUUGUGUGAAACACUCCUGUGGUUGAAAAAAAAAAAAAAAGGGUUUCAGAAUUUAGCAAAAUGAGAUAAGACUUUGGAAAGUUCAACCCUGACGCC